AUGACUGUCUCCAUGUUCAAGAACUUCUUCUACAGAAGAUCCCUCACACGCCUUUACCACCACGAGACCACCAGUAAUCAGAACGCGGGUUGCAUCUCAGGUGCCACCAUGACGUCCUGCUCCGUGGUUGUUGGGGCUGCCCGCUGCCCCUGCUCCUCUCUGGUCGCGUCCCCCUCAUCUUCAGCAAGAGCCGUGGCGGCUGCUGUGGCCCUCCCCCCUUGCCGGGCUGCCCUGCCCUUGUUCAGCGGGCUGCGCCGCGCAGCAGACCAGGUCUCCGCCCGCCCCCUCUCCCAGGAUGUUCGCCUGGCCCCCCGCGCCGCACGCUUCACCAUGUCCGCAGCAGGAGUGACCACCAUCGCACAGCCAGAGGGCUUUGAGGUGACCACGGUGCCCACCUCGCCCAUCGACGGCCAGAAGACCGGGACCAGCGGCCUGCGCAAGAAGGUUGCUGUCUUCCAGCAGGAGAACUAUCUGGCCAACUGGAUCCAGUCGCUGUUCAACACCCUGCCCGUUGAAGAGCUGGCGGGCAGCACGCUGGUGCUCGGAGGGGACGGCCGCUACUUCAACAAGGAAGCCUCCCAGACCAUCAUCAAGAUUGCGGCUGGCAACGGGGUGGCCAAGGUCCUGGUGGGCAAGGACGGCAUCAUCUCCACACCCGCCGUGUCUGCCAUCAUCCGCAAGAGGAAGACCUUCGGUGGCCUCAUCAUGAGCGCCAGCCACAACCCUGGAGGCCCCAAGUACGACUGGGGGAUCAAGUUCAACUUCAAGAGCGGCGAGCCUGCCCCUGAGAGCAUCACCGACAAGAUCUACGACCAGACGCAGACGAUCAAGACCAUCCGGCGCGCUUCCAUCCCUGACGUGGACCUGUCCCGCCUGGGCGCCACCCGCCACGGCAGCUUCACCGUGGAGGUCGUCGACCCCGUCGCCGACUACCUCGAGCUGCUCCAGGAGGUGUUUGACUUCCAGCUGCUGCGCGGCCUGCUCUCCCGCCCUGACUUCCGGUUCAAGUUCGAUGCGAUGCACGCUGUCACGGGCGCGUAUGCCAAGCGCGUCUUUGUGGACGCCCUGGGAGCGCCGCUGGAGUCGCUGGUGAACGACACCCCGCUGGAGGACUUCGGGGGCGGCCAUCCGGACCCCAACCUCACCUAUGCGCACGACCUGGUGGAGACCAUGUUUGUUGCGGACGGCCCCGACUUUGGGGCGGCCAGCGACGGUGACGGCGACCGCAACAUGAUCCUGGGCCGCAACUUCUUCAUCACCCCCUCCGACUCGGUCGCCAUGAUUGCUGCCAACGCGCAGGAGACCAUCCCCUACUUCAAGAGCGGCAUCAAGGGCCUGGCCCGCUCCAUGCCCACGAGCGCGGCGCUGGACCGCGUGGCGAACAAGCUGGACCUGCAGUUCUUCGAGGUGCCCACCGGGUGGAAGUUCUUCGGCAACCUGAUGGACGCCGGCAAGCUGUCCAUCUGCGGCGAGGAGAGCUUCGGCACCGGCAGCGACCACAUCCGCGAGAAGGACGGCAUCUGGGCCGUCCUGGCGUGGCUGAGCAUCCUGGCGGCGCGCAACGCGGAGGUGGCGGUGGGGCAGCCGCUGGUGUCGGUGGCGGACAUUGCGCAGCAGCACUGGGCCACCUACGGCCGCAACUUCUUCAGCCGCUACGACUACGAGGAGUGCGAGUCGCAGGGCGCCAACGCGCUGUUCGACAACCUGCGCGCCACCGUGGCCAAGGCCAAGAAGGGUGACGCCUACGGGGCCUACACGCUCGACUUUGCGGACGAGUACUCGUACACCGACCCGGUGGACGGCAGCGUGGCGGCCAAGCAGGGCAUCCGCUUCGUGUUCCAGGACGGCUCGCGCAUCAUCUUCAGAAUCUCGGGCACGGGGUCGGCGGGGGCGACGGUGCGGCUGUACGUGGAGCAGUACGAGCCGGACAAGAGCAGGCACAUGGAGGACGCACAGCAGGCGCUCAAGCCCCUCAUCGAUGUUGCCCUCAAUUUGUCCAAGCUUCAAGAGUUCACCGGUAGAGACAAGCCAACCGUGAUUACGUAAGACCUUGUCCUGUAAGCAACAGUACGGUACGUGCCAGGUAGUUCCGAAAUGCCGGAUGUCUAUAGACGGAGUAAUGAGUUGAUACAGAGGAGGAUGCAGUUUUGUUCUCAGGGUGAGGAAUGCAGUGGCUUGUGGCUAGGGAAUUCAACCGCUAUAUGCUCAUGCGAGUUUACAUUAAGUAACUAAUCAACGUGGUCAUUGUUGGCAAACCGGUCACUGAGUGAGUCCAAAGCCUGGACUCUGACCAUAUAUACUUACCGGUAAUUGGAUAUUUCAACUUGAAAGCUCCGUCGGACCCGACGUACUCCGGCGCUCGUCCAUCA